AUGCGCCGCAUCGAGCCGCACCAUCCCUCAAUCGCGUCCGUCUUGACCCAAGCCCAAGUCUAUCCUUGGGUGCAGCCUAGACGUCACCCCCGCCGGAGGCGCCACCCUCGCUCGACGCCACACCGUCCACGCUAUCCUCCCCAGUUAGAUGAAGAUUACCUGAUGAAAACCGUCGAUUAUCGCGACGCCGCGUCCCCCUGCCCCCAGCCACGCUCCAGCUUCGCUCUGGCGCCCGCCCUCUUCGACGACUCGGCAGCGCUCGACAUCGCGCACUACGAAGAACCGACGACCGCCACGACGACGGACGAGAACGCCACCGCGCCCAUGAUCCCCGCCACCGCAGGCGCCCGCUCCAAAAAGAUGAAGACCAUAUGCGCUCGCGUCGUGAACCUCAUCCACGCCGUCUCGCUCAAGUGCCGCGGGCUGCACCGCGUCAAGAAGGUCGACCGCGGCUCCAACUUCGACCUGGACGCGUGA